AUGUCUGGACGUGGAAAGGGAGCCGGUAAGACCAGAGCGAAGGCCAAGACCAGGUCCUCCAGGGCCGGGCUCCAGUUCCCCGUGGGCCGUGUCCACAGGCACUUGAGGAAGGGUAACUACGCCCGGCGUGUCGGCGCCGGAGCUCCGGUGUACCUGGCGGCGGUGCUGGAGUAUCUGACCGCUGAGAUCCUGGAGCUGGCCGGGAACGCGGCCCGCGACAACAAGAAGACCCGCAUCAUCCCCCGUCACCUGCAGCUGGCGGUCCGCAACGACGAGGAGCUCAACAAGCUGCUGGGCGGAGUGACCAUCGCUCAGGGCGGCGUGCUGCCCAACAUCCAGGCGGUGCUGCUGCCCAAGAAGACCGAGAAGGCCGCCAAGAAGAAUAUUCUGCAAUGGUCGAGUCACGUGACCUGAAUCCAGUUGAGCUGCAUCUGGGGAUCAAACUGAAGGGAAAGCCCAAGAACCAGCAGGAAGUGGAGGCCUCAGAGCCUCACCAGGAUGAGCCAGGUCUGGUGAGGCUCUGGUUCAGGGACAUUACAUUGAUGUUAUUCCAUCCCUUCAAGAGGAGGGGCCACAUAUGCAAUGAGCUCCUCCUCCUAUAGGAGGAGCAGGGGGAGGUGGUGAUCACAUUUCAUAAAGAGAAGAAUUCACUUGUAAACAUUUAUUUAGUAACACAGUCCAGGGGAGGAGCCAGUCCAUUGGGCUGCUGAGGAACACCAACCAAUCAGUGAGACUGUGGUCAGAUCCGAGAGGCUGAGAGAGAGAGAGAGACAUUGUUAUUAUUCUUGGGUAUCUGUGGUACUCUGUACCUUCAGCCCAGACGUGUCCACAGCUCGUCCGUCUCUGAGUGCUGACAGCAGGCGGGCCGACCCGGCUCCAGGGUACCCGUCCUGGACCUGCAGGGUGAAGACCAGCCGAGCCGACUUCAGGAACACCAGGACCCGCUGGGCCGGGCGCCAGUCGAUGGCGAAGCUGAGGAGACACAGGUCAACACGCCUUCUGUUGAGCCAAAUGCAUUCUGGGAGGUUCAAGAACACACAAAUCACAUCCUGGUGGUCAGGAGAGAGAAUGCAGCUUUAACACAUGAAGCAUAGACUUCUAUACAACCAGAGGAGCCCCCUGGUGGUCAGGAGAGAGAAUGCAGCUUUAACACAUGAAGCAUAGACUUCUAUACAACCAGAGUAUACACCAGUCCUUUAUGCACCAUUCUCUUGUGCACUACCAUUUCGUCUGGUGCUUGUUUUUGUGCAGACACAAAGGCACUCCUCAUCAGCAGUGGUCUCUGUCACUUUCCCAUUGUCCAGAACAGUUGUGUCUUUAAAUGUUGUGUAUCUUUUUACUCUUCUGUCAUUUGUCAUCUCCAAACAGAACUCCUUCACUUGCUCACUUACUGCAUGCCUGGAGUUAAGAGGUAUUGCUCUGUGCAACAGGAAUUUGCUCACAAUAUGGAGAGCUACACACUUAGUCCCAUGAACCAGUUUUAACAGCCCACCAUUUGCAUUUUCAAAUACAAAUGCUGAGUGUGCCCAGAGUGGCCCCCAUAAUUUCACCGACUUUGCAAGGUGAGUUAACAGAUGUACAUUAAAUGUCAUUGACACUUCUCCAUACAGCAACUGAAACCUUGCAACAAACUCAAACAGCAUGUUAUCUGCAUUGUUUAUGUCUUGGAAGGUGACAUUCUCUUUCAAAAGCAGAAAUACUGCUGCCACCAGAAGGCCUAGGUGAAGUACACCAUUCAGGACAGGCAAGCUGUAAAACAGAAGCCAUGUUCUCCACUCGGAGGCUUUCCACUGCCUGAGCUCUGCAAGAGCUCUGGGUAGUCGAGUUAUCGGGUGUGGUGGCUUUAUGUCCUUCAUUCCUUUUCCUAGCCCCCUCAUAGUGGAGCCAUUCCCAAUGUAGUAGGGUUGGUCACUGUUGUUUAGAAGGAGCUCUGUGAGUUGUCUGAUGACACCAACACAGCAUGCAUAUAGUCUGGAACAAAGCCCCACACUAUAUCAAAAUAAGGCAUGUUGAUGAGUGGCGAUGGACCUUUCACACCUCUGACACUUUUGUUUUGUGCUACUGCCUGCUCCAUAUCUGCGAGCACUUGUUUUGCUUAUCUGUCAGGAUAUUCAGUCGCAGUAUACUUCACUGUUUUCUCUACAAGAGUUCCAGGAUGUAAACAGAAACCACAACCAAAGUACCCAUUAAACUGUGUUGUGUUUUG